UAAAGAUGAAUUUUUCAGAUCUCAUCCCUUACUCCAAUCUUGCUACGUUUUCAUCUCAAGGAGAGAAUCUAGCGAUUGCUCACCACAUGCAAGUGCAAGUUUAUGAUACAAAUAACUUAAAUAUAAUUGUCCAGUACUCUUUCCCUGAUGUUAUUACUCAGCUUCAGUGGUCUGAAGAUGGGCAAUAUUUAUUAGUUUCCUUGAAUAAGCGCGGACUAGCUUAUGUCAAAAGUCUCGAUGACUCAGAAUGGAAUUGUAAAAUUGAUGAAGGAAUAGCAGGGCUCAUGUAUGCCAGAUGGGUACCUGACUCAAGACAAAUAAUAACUAUCAGUGACUUUCAGCUAAGAUUAACCAUCUGGUCACUUGUGGAUCAAACAGUAUCAUAUAUUAAGAAUCCGAAGCAUCAUGAUAGGGGAAUUAGUUUCACCUCAAAUGGAAAAUUUAUGGCUCUGGCUGAAAGAAGUGAUUGUAAAGACUUUAUUGGAAUUUAUUAUUGAGGAGAUUGGAAAUUAAUGAACCAUUUCCAAGUUGAAACAACAGAUCUAGCAGACUUACAAUGGUCCAAGGAUGAUACAGCCAUUAUUGUCUGGGAUAACCCUAUUGAAUGCAGACUUUUGGUUUAUUCUGCUACUCAAGGAUUAUUGGCUCAACAUAUUCCUUAUGAGAAUGCUCUCGGUUACAAGACUCUUCAGUUCUCACCAAAUGGAAAAUUUUUGGCAGCAGGGCUGUAUGACCAGAAACUGAGACUCUACAAUCAUAUUUCAUGGAAGGAGAUUACUCAUUUUGAGCACAAGAAAAAUCUCUCAGAAGAUGAUGAUAUUCACAUUUAUACUGAGGAAGAGUAUAAGCAAGGUGGGCCUUAUAGUUAUGAAGAAGAAGUUACCUCCAGAUAUAAAAUGCUUGAACCACCAGUUCAGCUCACAGUGUCUAAGAAAUCUGCCAGUAAAGAUAAUCCUCUUAGUGGAAAUGGUGUCAGCUUGAUUGCUUGGAGUUAUGAUAGCAAAUAUGUUGCAACCAAAAAUGAUAAUACUCCUAACUGAGUAUUCAUUUGGGAUGUCGCUUCAUUAAGACUAACUGUUGUUCUGAUUCAUUUCGAUCCAGUGAAAUCUAUAGAUUGGUCAAGCAAAACAAACCACCUUGUUAUCGCGACAAAUGCUUCUAGAAUCUUCAUAUGGUCUGUAAAUGGAGCUAGUGUAUGAGACAUCCCUCUAGAAGGUCAAAACGAUCACUCUACUUACGGUAAAAAGUCAAAAGACACAUCCCCUGAUUUUAAAGUGAGUAAAGUACAAUGGAACUCUGAUGGAAAAUCUAUUCUUAUUCAAGACAAAACAAACUUGUUAAUCGCCUAUCCACACUUUACCUUCCUUAAAGAACAGAAUGAGGAAGGAGAGGGAGACUAUGAUGCUGAAGGUGAUGAAGAAUCAAAAGAUCAUAACUAAUCCAAUAAAAUUCAACCUCCUC